CUCCACAGCACAGGCCGCAAAGGCCGCGCGACAUCUCUCUCUACACUCCUUACCCUGUCUCCAUGAGCGCGGAGUCGGAGUAUAUCACAACCAACUACAACAUGAGGAACAAUGUUAAACCAUCGUUCUGGGAGCAGCGGACUCGUCUGGAGAAGCGGCUGCUGCUGGCAGUGGGAGUGCUGGCGAUCCUGGCCAUCGCCUUCCUCGCAGCCUUCCUCGCCACAGCGCUGCUGAAGAACUCCGUCGAUGUCACUGACAUACCUCAAACCAGCGAGCUGAGACUGACGCCGUCGCCACCUGUCAUCAUAUCUAAGGACAAGCACAGCCCACAAGCUAUAUGCACCGCGCCCGGAUGCGUUCAUACCGCAUCCAAACUUCUCGCCAAUAUGGACACCAAAGUGGACCCGUGCGAUGACUUCUACGACUUCGCCUGUGGAGCCUUCGUGAAGAACACCCGUAUACCUGACGACAAGACUUCCGUGAACACCUUCUCCAUCAUCACCGAUCAGCUCCAGGAACAGAUUCGGACGCUACUGGAUGAACCCAUCACCCCCAAUGAGCCGAGACCCUUCGUUCUCGCGAAGACCCUGUACCAGGCUUGCAUGAAUAGAACUGCGAUCGAGGAGCGUGGCACCAAGCCUCUUUUGGACAUGCUGAACCGUCUUGGCGGUUGGCCGGUGCUGGAUGGAACGAAUUGGAACGAGGACGGCUUCACCUGGGACGAGUCGGUCUACCGGUUCCGUCUCGCGGGUUACUCCGUCGACUACUUCUUUGAUUUCUCUAUCAGUGUUGAUGUUAAGAACUCGACGAAGAGGAUUAUUGAUCUCGACCAGGCCUCUCUUGGCCUGAGCCGUGAAUACCUGAACCGGGGUUUCAGCGACAAGCUGGUCCAGGCCUACUACGAGUACAUGGUUGACAUCGCGGUGCUCCUUGGUGCUGAGAGGACCCGUGCCGAAGCGGAGCUGAAGGAAUCUCUCAUGUUCGAGAUAAGACUUGCCAAUAUUUCCCUGCCCUUGGAGAAGCGUCGUAACGCAACCAGCCUCUACAACCCUAUGACAAUCGCUGAGCUGCAGCAGAAGUUCCCGAAGAUCCCCUGGUUGUCUUACAUCAACCGUCUCCUGGCACCUCACGUGGAAGUUGGACUGGAUGAGGUUGCUAUCGUCAAUGUGCCCAAGUACAUUUCGGAACUGGAGAUCCUUCUCGAGAAGACUCCCAAGCGUGUGCAAGCGAACUACGUGAUGUGGCGUGUAGCUGGUGCUUCUGUGUCCUACUUGACUGACACUCUCCGUCGGCGACAGCUUGCUUACGUCACAGCUUUGUCCGGCAAGACAGAGAGGGAGAGCAGAUGGAAGGAGUGUGCCGACACCACUAGUGCUAGCAUGGCGAUUGCUGUUGGAGCUCUGUACAUCCGGAAAUACUUCAACGAGAACUCUAAGGCUAAUGCUCUGGAGAUGGUGAAUGAUAUCAGACAACAAUUCCGCAAGACCCUGACGGAGGUGGACUGGAUGGACGACAAGACGCGGCUCGAGGCCCUGGACAAGGCAGACUCUAUGGCCUCCCACAUUGCCUACCCGCAAGAGAUGUUGGACGAUAACAAGCUAACCGAGUUCUAUUCUGGGCUCGAAAUGACAUCGGACAAACUCAUGGAGUCCGUACUGAACCUGACGCUAUUCGGCACCGAGUACCUGUUCGGUAAACUCCGGGAGCCCGUGAAUAAGACCGACUGGGUCACCCACGGCAGACCAGCCAUCGUAAACGCCUUCUACUCUUCCAUCGAAAACAGCAUACAAUUCCCAGCUGGUAUCCUCCAAGGUGCUUUCUUCUCUGCUAAACGUCCUGCCUACAUGAACUACGGAGCUAUCGGCUUUGUCAUCGGCCACGAGAUCACCCACGGUUUCGAUGAUCAGGGUCGUCAAUUCGACAAGAACGGCAAUCUCAUCGACUGGUGGCAAGAAGUGACCAAGGAGAAGUACCUGGACAAAGCCAAGUGCAUCAUCGACCAAUACUCCAACUACACUGUCAAGGAAGUCGGAAUGAAGUUGAACGGCGUGAACACUCAAGGGGAGAACAUUGCUGAUAAUGGUGGUAUAAAGGAGGCGUACUACGCCUACCAGGCCUGGACACAGAGACACGGCGAGGAAUCCCGACUGCCUGGACUAGAGAAGUACAGCCCCAGACAGCUAUUCUGGCUAUCAGCGGCCAACACCUGGUGCUCCGUCUACCGCAACGAAGCCAUCAAGCUGCGCAUCACCACCGGUUUCCACGCCCCAGGCCGCUUCAGGGUCGUCGGCCCAAUGUCCAACAUGGAGGAGUUCGCAUCCGACUUCCAGUGCCCCGUAGGAUCCCCUAUGAAUCCCGUCAAGAAGUGCAAAGUGUGGUAGUCCAAUAGGGAUGGAGAAAAUAAAGUAGAAUAAUGGA